AUGGGGCGGGAGAAGGACGCUAAAGAAGACGAGAAGGCCAAGCACAAAGCGACGAAACUGAAAAGACUGAGUGACUGUGAACGCGCAGGAGCUGGGGGAGAUAACAUCAAGAAGAGCCCAAAUCCAACUAAAGCCACGGAGAAAACGGAUAAAGGAAAAUCUCAUAAAAAGGUCAAGACACCAAAGAUGGAGAAUGUUGAAUCAUCCAGCAGCAUCAGUGAAUCUGUGAAACAGGAACCAGAGGAUGAUGCUUUUACAGCAAAGAAGAAAGGAGUGAAGAGGAAAAGAAUUAAAGAUGACCCCAAAGAAGGCACCAGUGAUUCUGCUAAUUCACCUACCCUAAAGAAGAAGAAAAAGCAACGUCACCUCGAAGAAGAAGGUGAUGGAGUGGCUCAGACAAAGACGUCAAAGAAGAGAACACAAAAGAUGGUAAAGAAGGAGGAAGAAGAGCAGGCAGUGUCAAAAAAAAUUAAGAAGACAAAGGAGGAGAUUGAAGAAGCAAGACAGCUGAAGAUCAAAAAGAAGGAGGAGGAGGAGCAGAAUCGCUGGAGAUGGUGGGAGGAAGAGAAGUAUGAAGAUGGGGUGAAAUGGAAGUUCUUGGAACACAAAGGACCCUACUUUCCCCCUGAGUACCAGCCUCUACCUGACAAUGUUCACUUCUACUAUAAUGGUAAAAAGGUAAAGCUGAGCCUGGCGGCAGAAGAGGUGGCGGUGUUCUUUGCCCAGAUGCUGGACCAUGAGUACACCACCAAGAAGGUGUUCCGCGAGAAUUUCUUUAAAGAUUGGAGAAAGGAAAUGACCCAUGAGGAGAGGUCACUGAUUCAAGAUCUUGAUAAGUGUGGCUUUGGAGAAAUCCAUGCCAUGCAUAAAGCCAAGACAGAGGCCAGGAAAAAUAUGUCCAAGGAGGAGAAACAGGCUUUGAAAGAGACAAACCAGAAGAUAGUGGAUGAAUACGGCUACUGCCUUCUGGACCACCACAAAGAACGCAUUGGCAAUUUUAAGAUUGAGCCUCCAGGGUUAUUCCGAGGUAGAGGCGAGCAUCCCAAGCAAGGCAUGCUGAAGAAGAGGAUCCAACCAGAGGACGUCAUCAUCAAUUGCAGCAAAGACUCUCGUAUCCCCGUACCACCUGCUGGGCACCACUGGAAGGAAGUUCGGCACGAUAACACCGUGACAUGGCUCGUCAGCUGGACUGAAAACAUCCAGGGCUCAAAUAAGUACAUCAUGCUUAAUGCCAACUCAAAACUGAAGGGGGAGAAGGAUUGGGAGAAAUAUGAGGUUGCUCGGAAACUGAAAUCACGUGUGGAUGACAUCCGUUACCAGUACCUCCAGGAUCUAAAGUCCAAACAGAUGGUUACACGUCAGAGAGCUGUGGCGCUAUAUUUCAUAGACAAGCUGGCCCUGAGAGCUGGCAAUGAGAAAGAGGAGGGAGAGACGGCGGACACGGUGGGUUGCUGCUCACUUCGUGUUGAGCACAUCACUCUGCAUGAGCAGCUGGAUGGCAACGAAUGUGUGGUGGAAUUUGACUUCCUGGGUAAAGACUGCAUUCGUUACUACAACAAGGUUCCUGUCAUCAAAAAGGUGUUUAAGAGUCUUAAACUUUUUCUGGAGAAUAAACAGCCCGGAGACGAACUCUUUGACCGCCUAAAUACCAGCGUUCUGAACAAACAUCUGAGUUCUCUAAUGCCCGGUCUGACUGCAAAAGUCUUCAGGACAUACAACGCCUCCAUCACUCUGCAGCAGCAACUUAAGGAGCUCACAAACAAGUCUGACAAUGUGGCAGAGAAACUGCUGUCCUACAAUCGAGCUAACAGAGCAGUUGCUAUUCUGUGUAACCACCAGCGGGCGCCGCCAAAGACCUUUGAGCAAUCCAUGGCUAACCUUCAGGCCAAGAUUGAUGCCAGGAAGGAGCAGCUGGCCUUAGCCAAGACGGAGCUGAAACAGGCCAAGAAGGAGGCCAAGACGAAGGGGAAUUCCGACCCGAAGUUGCAAGCGCUGGUGGAGCGGAAAAAGGCAGCAGUGAAGCGUUGUGAAGAGCAGCUGCUGAAGCUGGAGGUCCAGGCAACCGACAGAGAAGAGAACAAACAGAUCGCUCUGGGUACCUCAAAGCUCAACUACUUAGACCCGCGGAUAUCCGUGGCCUGGUGUAAAAACAUGGAGGUACCUAUAGAGAAAAUCUACAAUAAAACCCAACGGGAGAAGUUUGCCUGGGCCAUCGACAUGACAGAGGCAGACUUUGAGUUCUAACCUAAAACUUAUUCAAGUCUCUCGUCUUAAAAGGUGACAUAAGCUGCAAUUCAGGAACCACUCUGUUAAUUUUACAUACAAUACUUUAAUACUGCAUUUAUUGUAUUUUCAAAGACUGCCCAUGUUGUACUUAUAACUGUGUGGUACGAUCGAGCUGUGCUUUAAUGUGCUUUUGCUUACUGGUGUUUGUUUUUGUUCGACACUUUCUUUGGAAAAACUGCUGUUAUUUACUGUUUGUAUGUUUUUGUUUGCAUUAAUCUGAAUAAAGGUUCCCAUUAGGCAGUAACGGGCCAAAGAAGCUGUCACGAGUUCUUAAACACCACUUUUGGGGAAGUGUUGUUUCAAAUGCAUAAUUCUGCUGGUGUCAGUUUGCAUAAGACUGAGGGCCAGUCUGCCCAUUCAUUCUAAACACAGUGCUUUAAAAUUAACAAUGGGAAACACUGAUUAGAAUGCAAAUAAAAAGGCAGUAACUUUAAAAUCCUUUAAACCCCAUAUUUAAUUAAAAUGGUACAAAGACAACAGAUUUUGCUUUUUGGGGAAAAUAAAUGAAAAUAUAUGCAUGCGCUGAUUUUUAUUUAAGUGCAGCAAUACAUUUAAACAAACUUUUAUGACAGGUGUUUUCCAGCGUGUUGCGUGACCUCUUCUUGAACUGAUGAGACUAAAUGUUGUAGUUUUUAAAGUAAAAGUUGCAUUUUCCAAUUCAUAGUAAAAAGUUUACAGUAGAUAAUUUCAUCUGUGGAUGCGAUGACAAAGUGAUUAAUGACAAUAAGUGCUUCUGAGCCCAGUGACAUCCACUGAAGAUUCUUAUUUUUGUGCCGUGUCACUCCAUACAUCUGAAUAUUAUGCACUGUACAUGAUGGGCUCACAUACUUAUUUGCCCGUGUCAUUUUCCUUAUUAAGUCUAAAACCCUUGAUGUCCCUGUGGUGCUCAUGAUGAAGUUUCAACAUGAAGGGUCUAAAUGAUUCUGGUUUGUUUUUAUUAUUUACAUUUUACAAACUGUCCUAACCUAAGAGGUUGAUUAUAAUUUCAUUACAUUAUAAACAAUAUAGAUUUAAAAACCAUGCAACACUGAGACGUUCCACAGAAUUUGCAUCUGAAAAUGUGAUUCUGGUUUAAAACAAAAAAACAAAACUACAGAAAAAUGCAGAGCACCUCGGAGUUGGAUGUAUUGUUACAAAUUCUGUCAGCACCAGAGGGGUAUGCUACGAAGAACAUUCAACACAGGCAGGCUUUCUUUGCCUUAGCUGGCUUGACAAAACCUAAAACUCCAGUCAGAGAUGGCAAACAUCACAUCAGUUAGCAACCUUCAAGUCGGGCUUUCUGCUUUCAGCUCAGUGCACGCUCGUGUAAAAAGGGGUUUCAUGCAUCGUGACUCUGUGUCCACACAAAAUGAUCCAAGUGCCAUCUACUCCAAUCUCAGACGUUAUCAGAUGACAUGUUAUCAGAUGGUGUAAAAAUUGGAUUUGGUGCAUAACGUGGUAAACAGAAUUUAUGUUAUUGCCGAGUGUGAUUUCAGUGCUGUCACCUUAGAAAUAGUUCUGAGUCUUUUAGACUGGAUACAUUAAAUGUGCCUGAUGUAAAGGAAAUGCACAAAUCACUUUCAUUUGUCAGCAGAUUGAUGCGAAAUGAAUUUCACAUUAGUACUCUUUGUGUGGGUUCUGUAUGCUGGUAGCUGCAGUUGUACUAAAUCAGGGGUGUCUAACUCCAGGCCUCGAGGGCCGGUGUCCUGCAGGUUUUAGAUCUCACCCUGGGUCAACACACCUGAAUGAGAUGAUUAGUUCAUUAUCAGGCCUCUGGAGAACGUCAAGAGAUGCUGAGAAGGUUAUUUAGCCAUUUAAAUCAGCUGUUUUGGAUCAAGGAUACAUCUAAAACCUGCAGGACACCGGCCCUCGAGGCCUGGAGUUUGACACCGCUGUACUAAAUAGUUGGGAUAGGCCCCAGUCCCCCCCACACAUCUGAACUGGAUAAGCAGGAAAGAGAUGGAAUAAAGUGUAACAUUUAUACAUUUUUUUUUUUGCUUCACUAAAAUAAACAUGCACAUACAUAAUGCAAUCUCCUGACGAUGAUUUUAGUGGUUCCACUAAAGUGCAGCUUAACAACUUGUGACAUAUAAAACUUAUUCCCCCAACAUGUGUAUAAAUAACACUUUUUAAAAAUGCUAUGGAUAAAAAAAACAAAAACAAAAAACCUCUGAAAAUAUGGAUUUUUAAAACUGAAACUCUGAACAUAACCUGCUGCCGAGCGGCUUAUGUCUUCAGGUUAAGUGACCAUAGUGACUUAGGUUAAAAGAGCCG